AUGGCUCCUGAAUAUGCAAUGCAUGGGAACUUCUCGGUUAAGUUAGAUGUCUAUAGUUUUGGUGUGUUGAUUUUGGAAAUAGUCAGCGGUCAAAAGAACAAUUGUUCCGGCAAUGGGGAGAAUGCGGAAGACCUUAUAAGCUUUGCAUGGAGAAGUUGGAGGGAUGGAUCAGUUUCAAAUUUGAUAGAUCCUUCUGUGAGCUCUGGUUCAAGAAGUGAAAUUAUGAGAUGCAUACAUAUUGGGUUGUUAUGUGUUCAAGAAAAUGUAGCUGACAGACCAACAAUGGCUUCAGUUGUUCUUAUGCUUAGUAGCUACUCUCUCACUGUCCCAUUACCUUCACAACCUGCUUUCUUCUUGCACGGUAGCAUGGGCCCAGAGACACCCUUGCUACAGGAUUCUGAUUCUGGAGUAACCAAGUCUUCUGAUAAUGUUUCAGCAGGCAUGUCCGUAAAUGAGACCUCAAUUACUGAGCUCCACCCUCGUUAG